AAGAGCGGGACGGAGCUGUCUCUGACUGCAGCAGUUUCACACAGGCACCAAAUAAACCGGAUUAAAACUCGAAUUAAAAGCGUAAUAAAGGAGUAGAAAUGGCGUCUGAUGUGGUUGCACAGCUAGCCGAUUCGCUGGCCCGGACUCAGGUGGGAGAGGGAGAACUAAGCUUUAAGGGUCAGGGACUGAAACUGGACACUGCUGAAUCAGUGAAGGACAUAGUGAAGGAGAUUCAGGAGUAUAAGGGACUGAAGGCUCUACGUUUGGAGGGUAACACAGUAGGAGUGGAGGCGGCUCAGACCAUCGCUAAAGCGCUGCAGGACAAGGCCGACUUUCAGUGCUGCUACUGGAGCGAUAUGUUUACUGGCCGUCUCCGUUCUGAGAUUCCUCCUGCCCUGAUAUCCCUGGGAGAGGCUCUAUUGACCGCCGGUGCUCAGCUGAAAGUGCUGGAUCUGAGUGAUAAUGCGUUCGGCCCUGACGGUGUAAAAAGCAUCGAGAACCUCCUGAAGAGCUCAGCAUGCUACACGCUGCAGGAACUGCGGCUGAACAACUGUGGCAUGGGAAUCGGGGGAGGAAAGAUCUUGGCUGCUGCUCUAACCGAGUGCCAUAAGAGGUCGAGUGAGGCUGGUUCUCCUCUUAAACUGAAGAUCUUCAUCGCAGGCAGGAACAGAUUGGAGAACUGUGGAGCCACGGCACUGGCUCAGGCCUUUCAGUUGAUGGGAAGUUUGGAGGAAGUCCACAUGCCUCAGAAUGGUAUUAACCAUGCCGGAGUGACCGCUUUGGCCAACGCACUGCAGCACAACCCCCAGCUCAGAGUGCUCAACCUCAACGACAACACGUUCACUAAAAAAGGAGCUAUUGCCAUGGCUCAGGCUCUAAAGCACCUCCGCAAUGUACAAGUUAUCAACUUCGGCGACUGUCUGAUUCGGUCUGAAGGAGCCCUGGCAAUAGCCCAGACUCUGGAGGAGGGACUCCCCAUUCUUAAGGAGUUGAAUUUGUCGUUUGGAGAGAUCACAUCAGAAGCUGCUCUGGCUGUCGCUAAUGCGGUGGAUAACAAACACCAGCUAGAGAAACUUGACCUCAAUGGUAACAGUAUUGGCAGUGAAGGAUGUCAAGACAUUAAAGAUGUCAUGCAGAGCAUGAAUAUGGGAGACGUGUUAGCAUCUCUGAGUGAUGAUGACGGAGAGCCAGACGACGAUGAGGAUGAGGACGACGAUGAAGAGGAUGAUGACAGCGAUGAGGAGGAAGAAGACGAAGAAGUGGAGGAUGAAGAGAAGGGUGAGGACGAGGAAGAUGAAGAAGAGGAAGAAAAUCAUAUGCAGAAAGAGCCCAGCAAAACCAAAAUGGUAUCGACUCCACAGUCGUCCCCUCGUCCCCCAGACUUAUCAUCCUUCCUUUGCUUCCCGUCUCCAGAUAAACUGUUGCGCCUUGGCGACAACAGAGCUGAACUCAUUCAGAAACAGGUGGACGUGACAGAUAUAAGUAAGACUGUCGAGGCCUUCCUGAAGAUCUCGUCUGUGUAUAAAGAGGAUGAUGUCGGGGUUAAAAAAGCAGUGCUGGACAGUGUUGAUGGUCUUUUGAGCAAAACCUUCUCCAUGUCGCCUGGCCAGAAUUUCAAAUUCAUCUCUGCGUUGCUGGUGAUGCUUGGCCUGUUGAAGAGUGAGGAUAAGCUGAAGCCAGUACCAGUUGUAGCAGGUCACCUGCACUGUUUGGAGCAUGCAGUGAAGCAGAGCUAUUUUCCUGGAGAACACAUCGCCGUGCUGCACGCCUUCUUGUCCAAACAGAACAAGUCGCUGGAUUCAUGCAUCAGUGCUCGGGACAGCCUGCGUCUCACCCUGCAGGGAUUACUGCCUGAAAGCUAAAAUCUCACACAUACAUACACACACACAUGACUGACCGAUUGUGUGGACAUUUCUCUGCUUUCCUCUUUGGAGAAAAUGGACUCAUUGGAUAAUAAUCAUUACUCAGCUAAACUCGGCUCAUCGGACCUUCAGGAAGACGGGGUUGGGGAUCACAGACCUGGACACAGACUUUUGACCCAUGGACUCUGCCUUAUUUUAUUUUAAUAAAAAAUAUCAAUGAAAAUGAAACAAACAAGUGUCAUUAAAGUUAAAUAAAGAUGUUUAUGCUCUUAGAAGAUA